CGAACCCCGAGCGUCAUACGUCACGAUUAUAUAUACGUCAAAUGCCCGGAUGUCGGUCUUUUUUUCUAGCUGAAGAUGGCUGAGGGCGAUAAGAAGAAGAAGGCCCAUAAGCAUGGCAGCCGUAACCCUGUCCUGGUCCGGGGCAUCGGCCGCUAUUCCCGCUCGGCCAUGUACGCUCGGCGGGCCUUGUACAAGAGGAAGACUAAAGCUCCCGUGACGAAGGUUGAGAAGAAAAUCAAGGAAAGGGCUCCCAGCAAAGUCGUCAAAACUGUCGGCGGAGACAAAAAUGGAGGCACCCGUGUGGUCAAACUGCGCAAACUGCCCCGGUAUUACCCCACAGAGGACGUGUCCCGUAAGCUGCGGAGUCACGGCGUCAAGCCCUUCAGUCAGCACCGCAGGAAACUGCGCAAGUCCAUCAGCCCCGGGACGGUCCUGAUCCUGCUGACCGGACGCCACCGCGGGAAGGUACACGCACAUUCUAGGGCUGGGAAAAUAAAUAGAUGCAUCGAGAAAUGAUUCCGCAUCGAUUCUGAGAUUUUCCGAAUG